AUCGGCUAUCCAUCUUGCCCAAAGUUAGGUUCCAGUACAUCGCUACACAGCCUCACCUAUCAAAGGUCUAUUGAGCGUUGAGACCAUUUCCAUUGCUCAUACUAUCCAAGAACAGCUAAGGAUGCCCUCAUUUCUCUCACGGGUGCUCGGCGCCUGGGAACUUCUCACAUACACCGCAACCAAUGUCGAGGAUGGCAACGAUGUGAUCUAUCCAAUGGGCGAAAACUGCAAGGGUCAGAUCGUAUACACCAAUGACGGUUACAUGGCUGCUCUGCUACAGUGGGGAGAUGUCGAACCAUACAAAGACGGCUCAAAACGAGGUACAACACAAGAGCUUGCCGAUGCAGCGAAGAAGACCAUGUCAUACUGCGGACCAUUCCAUCUCGAUGAACAGCCAGGAAAUAAGCAGAAGAUCAUUCAUCACGCAAAGAUCGCCCUUCCGCCAAAUUAUAUCAAUACUCUCCAGCUGCGAGUUGCAGAAAUGACCGAGGACGAUGGACAAUUGUUUUUGACAUUGGGGCCUGAAGGUCUCACUGAGGACAAAGGUGUGAAGAGAAUUGUCAGACUCAAAUGGCGCAAACUACCACAGAACGACACAAGCAAGGCGCCACGAGAUGGAAAGCUGUAAGACGGAACCAUAACAUGGUGGCACCUGUUGGCUGCAUGUGGGCUCGAUAGAUGAUGGGGAGACGAGCACCGUGAUGAAGUCGAUUUCAUUGGGUGUUAACCGUGCUGGCGGUCUACUGAUGAAUCUGGGAGCUUUUCGGUUUACUGUAUCACUCCAAAGAACUAUACAUCAGGCUGGCAUCUGCAAACAAGUCUUUUCCGAGCCAGACAAGACCUUCUGAAUAUGACUUCGGCAUCUGUAGUGUCGUUAUCAAGCGGUGUAAGAAAAUGAGGCCGUCCGGCAGGAAAAGUUCCCGUCCGUCGCGCUUCCUGCGCUUCCCCAACAACUCGCGUCUUCCUACGAUGUGAAGUUCAACUCGCAGGGCUCU